AAUAUUUUUUUAAAUUUAUAGACAGUGUGCAUAGAAAAAAAUAAUACUUUGGGAGGAACUUGUUUGAAUGUUGGCUGUAUUCCAUCCAAAGCACUACUCCACAAUUCCCAUUUGUAUCAUAUGGCUCAUUCAAAUGAUUUGAAAAAUAGAGGAAUAGAAUUUGACAAUAUAAGAUUAAAUUUAGAAAAGUUAAUGGAACAGAAAUCAGGUGCUGUUAAAGCUCUUACAUCAGGAAUAGCUCAUUUAUUUAAACAAAACAAGGUAACUCAUAUCCAAGGUCAUGGAAAAAUAACAGGAAAAAAUGAAGUCACAGCAUUAAAGAGUGAUGGUUCUUCAGAAGUGGUAAAAACUAAAAAUAUUCUCAUUGCGACAGGAUCUGAAACUGCUACUUUUCCUGGAAUUGAGAUUGAUGAGAAAACUGUAGUUUCAUCAACAGGUGCACUUUCAUUAGAACGGGUACCUGAAAAAAUGGUUGUUAUUGGAGCAGGUGUUAUAGGUCUUGAAUUGGGUUCGGUAUGGUCUAGGUUAGGUGCAGAAGUUACAGCAGUAGAAUUUUUAGGCCAUAUAGGAGGAAUUGGUAUAGAUAUGGAAAUAGCCAAAAAUUUUCAGCGUAUUCUGACAAAACAAGGCCUUAAAAUAAAACUCAACACAAAAGUUACAUCAGCUAGAAAAGAAAGUGAUAAAAUAAUUGUCAGUGUAGAACAAGCAAAAGAUGCAAGUAAAAAGGAAGAGGUCGGUAUCAAUUAUUUUUAUAAAUUAAUAUAUUAUAUGAAAAGAGUUAUAUAUCACAAAGAGCUGUUAGUGGCUUCAGAGAACAGUCAUGGAGGAUCAAAUGCCAUGUUAAAUGUGUUGGCUGUUAUGCAGGAUCAAAAUAUCUAUGCCAUAGGUGAUUGUGUGCCUGGACCUAUGUUAGCUCAUAAAGCAGAAGAUGAAGGGAUUGUUUGUGUGGAAGGUAUAACAGGUGGUCCAGUACACAUUGAUUAUAAUUGUGUACCAUCUGUCAUUUAUACUCAUCCUGAAGUGGCCUGGGUUGGAAAAUCAGAAGAAGAUCUGAAAAGUCAGAACAUUGAAUACAAAGUAGGAAAAUUUCCUUUAACUGCAAACAGCAGAGCAAAAACAAAUGCUGAUACUGAUGGAUUAGUUAAAAUUAUUGGGGAUAAAACUUCAGAUAGAAUUUUAGGAGCACAUAUCAUUGGUUCAACUGCAGGAGAACUUAUUAAUGAAGCAGCUCUAGCAAUGGAAUAUGGAGCAUCUUGUGAAGAUGUAGCCAGAGUAUGCCAUGCACAUCCAACUGUGUCCGAAGCAUUCCGAGAAGCCAAUUUAGCAGCAUACUUUGGAAAAGCAAUUAAUUUUUAAUAGAAUUGUUAGAAUAUUUGAUGUUAGUGAUUUUGUUAUUUGAACUGUUAAUGUAUAUGAAAACCAAAAAAUAUACAGUCUUAUCUCAAAUUUAAUAUUGACAACCUAGUCAAAGACAAAAUAAUCAGGAGUUUUAUUUUGGGACAGCAAAAAACUUUGUAAUUAAAUACAUGUACAGCUAUAAUUUUCAGUGAAAAAGGCAGAAAUGGUAUAAUUUGGAAAUUAAUAAAAAUAAUUUUUUUCUCGGUA